AUGGCAGGGCUCGAGGUGUUGUACUCUUAUGUCGCGAGCUCUAUAACAUCUUCUCAAGAUGCAGUUGUGUGUUUUAUCCACUGGGAAAUUGUGAAGAGAGGAUAUAAAUGUUUAGGAACCGGAGAUGAGCCACAAAAUGGAGAGAAGAAAUCAGAGUUGCUUCCCGCAUCCUGGAACACUAACAAGGAACUGUACACAUUGAGAUACAGAUCAAAUGAUGACAAUUCCAGCCUCCUUUUGAAAGCCAUCACAGUUGAUUCCAGCUUGAUUUUCAACUUAAUGGAUUCAGCUACAGGCAAAGUCACAGACCUGAUUGUAAAUGUCAGUGAUUAUGUAAAUGAAUCAAACCUACAGUCCUUUGAAAGUGUGUACAAGAACACAAAAGAUUUGACUAAAACGCUGAACUCAUCACUGCUUCCUGCAUUGAAAAAACAAGGAAAGGAAGAGAGAUUCACAGACACACAAUCCUCGCCAUUUCGUAAUCCCCUGCGGAUACCUCCCCCUCCUCCAUUCCCUCCAACCUGAUGCUAACUGUCCCAUCCUCAUGUUUAUGGAACCAUAUGACUUCAUGGGUCUCCUCAAGUUGGCGAAAGUUCUACGGUAAUAAAGCUCACCUUUGCACAGAGAAACCAUUAGCAGAAUGGACAAAAGCAUCCCACCCA